GAAACAAUACGUCGUGUGCAACUGCUAAGCACGGCGGACUGCCUUCGAGCCGAUAAAUCGUGCAUGGCAAACAGUGUUGAAGUUCGAGUUCCGUUUCUGGACAAGUCAUUCCUGGACACUGCAAUACUCACACGUGCGCGUCAUAAAAGGCCAAAGCUUCAGGAUGGUCAGCAAAUAGAAAAGUGGAUUUUACGAACUGCUUUUGACACGCCUGAAAACCCUUACCUGCCAGAAAACAUUCUGUGGCGACAAAAAGAGCAGUUUUCUGAUGGCGUGGGAUACAAAUGGAUUGAUGAGCUUAUUGACCACUGCGCACAACAAGUUACGGAUGACCAAGAAACGGAAACUUUAGACCGCUCCUAG